UUUUCUUAAAUUUAGGUAUGUUACUGUUAAACAUCUGUUAUCACGUUCAAUGCGUUCAAUGACAAAAUGAAGUUUUCAGCCUCAAGAUUUAAUUUUGAAAUCACGAAUUCUCCCGUCCUCAUUGGUUUCAUUGGAGAAAGAAUUGAACCAAUAUGCUGGACAGAUUUUACUACAAAUAAAAUUGGCGGAUGUCCAGAUUGGAUUAAUGAAGAGAUCAAUAAAAUAUAUUGUAAUACAUGUGGAAGAAUUAUGAUAUUUGUAUGCCAACUUUUUUGCCCUAUAGAUAAAAUAUUUCAAAGAACAAUAUAUAUUUUUUUAUGCAACAAUGUACAGUGCUUAUCCAAGGCUAAGAUAGAUAAUGACCUGAAUAACAGGAUCAAGAUUUAUAGGGGCAUGAAAAGUCACCAAGUGAAAGAAAAUAUUUUAUCUCAAAAUUCACAAUUCUUAAAACAAGAGUUAGAAGAUGAUUGGGGUAUGUCUGGAUUGAAUGGGGAGGAUUUAAAAAAUACAAAUAUAAUUGCUUCAGAUCCUCAAAAUCAAAUGGAUAAAAUGCCAUUAGAUUUUGAUUUUAAUUUAUUUGAGAAUAAAGAUCAAAAAGAAUUAUCAGACUGGAAUAGAACAUUAUUAAAUAAAUCAAAUCAAAAAUCAAAUAACAUAUUCAUUAAUACUAAUAAAUUAUCAUUUAUAUCUUAUUAUAUUGAAAGUAUAUCUGAAGAUGAUUGUAAUUUAGACAUAGUUGAUGAAGGAAAUAACAAUGAAAAAUUAUACAAUUCAAUAAACAUGAAUAUUUCUAAUAAUGAAGUAUAUGAAAAAACAAUUCCCUUACAUAAAGAUCUAAGUUUUCAUAAAUUUUGCAAAAAGAUCCAAAAAUUCCCAAAUCAAUGUAUAAGGUAUUCACUGAAUGGCGAACCACUCAUAAUCGAAAACGAAAUAAACAAAUGUUUGAUGGAGGCCGCUAAAAAUGAUAAAACAUUCUCUACUUGUCAAUCUUGCGGAGCUAGACGCGUAUUCGAAUUACAACUAAUGCCUCAAAUUCUUAAUUAUUUGCGACUCGAAACGGACAACAAAAACCUCAACACCUUAAAUGAUGAAUAUUGUUUAGAUUUUUUCUCAGUGUUGGUGUACACUUGCCAAAAUAAUUGCUGGAGCGAUGGCAACAAUUAUAUAAAUGAAAAGGCUGUUGUUCUACCUAGCCAAUAACAGUCUGCGAAAAACAUCUAUAUUUAUAAAUUUUUCAUGCAUUUCAUGAUAAAAUUAUUUUUAAAAUCUGAAUUUGGGUAGAGUAUUUAUUUAAUUAUUUAUAAAUACCGAUGAAUUAAAAAUAUUAA